AUGCCUGUUGUGUCACGUCUUGUGUCUAUUGUGCUGCGUGUGGCUGAAAUCGCCUGCGGUGCUGUCGUCGCGGGUAUCAUCGGUCGCGACCUAACUUCCUACGACGGUGACAUCUGGCCCCAAGCUCGAUGGAUCUACACUGAGGUAGUCGCCGGGUUAUCCAUCCUGCUAGGCCUGAUAUGGCUUAUACCAUUCUCCUCCUCCUUUUUCACUUGGCCACUUGACGUCAUCAUCUCCUUUGCCUGGUUCGCUGCGUUUGGAAUUCUGGUCGAUGCAAUCCACAAACUCAGCUGCGGUAGUAUCUGGCACUGGGGUGGUCUUACGCACAACGAUAACUGCAGUCGACGGAAAGCAGCCGAAGCGUUCAGCUUCAUCUCUGCUAUUGUAUGGAUGGUUUCGGCGCUUGUGGGCAUCUGGUUUACCUUCCGUGUCAGGAAGUCCACCACUGAUGCUGCCUAUGGACGUCGCCGUGGCUUCUUCAGCAGAUCCGCCGUGUAA